UGUGUAAGAGAGCUGUCAUAUUAACAGACCCUUCCGAGAGCAGAGAUCAGUCAUGACGCAGUAUUCGUCAGAGUUCAGAGCUUCUUAAAGAUUUGUUUUUCUGGGAAGCCCAUCAACACAGCCAGAUUUGUGAAGGCAAUAGUGCCCAGCACCCAGAGAUAGAGAAUGUUGCCUUUUCUAACCCCCCUGCUGUGAGCAAGGUGAGGCAUGGCACUACCUAUGAGUAGAAACUAGAAAGAAAAGCCUGGUCAGCCCGCACAGCCCUUGGGGCUGAUGGAGAAGUUGAGGAAGCCAUGUGGACCAACUGUCCUAGCAGUGUUCUCACGAAGCCCCUCCUCCCCCAGCUUGCUUCCCAGAGCCCUGCCUUGUCUCAAAGAGAAGAGAACAAUGACCAAGUUACAGGAGGCAGUGACCUUCAGGGACGUGGCUGUGGUCUUCAGUGAGGAGGAGCUGGGGCUGCUGGACGCUGCUCAGAGGAAGCUGUACCACGAUGUGAUGCUGGAGAACUUCAGGAUGCUGCUCUCAGUGGGAGGCCAGAGUCCAGGCAAGACGACUAAUCUUCACACAACAGGACUGAGGUUUCUUUCACUGGGGGGGCGGCUUCCAUGCUGGCAAGUGACAAGCCAUGAUGCCAACAAACUGGCCGGAGCUCCAGAAGCUGUCAUCAGCAUUCAGGGGAAGGGUCCUCACCUCCUGGAGCACUGCCACUUCUCCUGCCACUGGGGAGCAGAGCAGCUUCCCCAGGCCUCCGAGGAUGCCAGCUGUCUGGAGAGUCCCACAAACAGCCAUUCCAGCAUGAUUGAAAAUCAGGAAUUUCUGUCUGGGAGGGCUCAGAGUUCUUGGGGUAAGACACAUCUUAGCAAGAAACAGAAGCAUCAGAAGCCGUGUCCGAAGACUCUGGUGAAAACAGAGCCUCGGCAGCUGCUUCCAGGUGUUGACAUGCUGGGUUGCAUUUCCCACCAUAACAAUGCACUGCAUAAAAGAGACAAAGCCCACAUCAGUGGUGACUGUAGUAACGGUAUCUUUCCUGGGUCACCCAGCACCCAGCAUCAUGUUUACAUAGAAAGGAAGGUCUACCAAUGCAGCAAGGGCCAAGAAGCCUUCAUUGACAGACCCAAUCAUGAACUUUAUCAGCCUGUCCUAGUAGGGAAAAAGUCCCCUGUACAUAGUACACAUGAGGACGCCCCCAUUCAACAAAGUGUUCAUCCAGGAAAAAAGCAAUACUCAUGUCACAAGUGUGGCACAGGCUUCAGCAAGAACUCACAUCUUCAGACUAACCAGAGAGUGCAAACGGGCAAGAAGCCCUCCCACUGCGACAGCUGUGGGAAAGGAUUUAGUCAGAGCUCACAUCUUCAGACUCGCCAGAGGAUGCACACAAGGGAGAAGCCCUCCCACUGCUGUGGGAAGGGCUUCAGCCGCACCUCAGAUCUCAACAUCCACUGCCGGGUGCACACUGAAGAGAAGCCUCACAAGUGUGAGGUGUGUGGAAAGGGCUUUACAAAGUUGUCACACCUCCAGGCCCACGAGAGAAUUCACACAGGAGAGAAGCCAUAUAAGUGUGGAGACUGUGGCAAACGCUUCAGCUGCAGCUCGAACCUCCACACCCACCAGAGAGUCCACACUGAGGAGAAACCGUACAAAUGCAAUGAGUGUGGGAAGCGCUUCAGAUUCAGAUUCAAUCUUAACAGCCAUCAGCGGGUCCACACAGGAGAGAAGCCAUAUAAAUGUGAAGAGUGUGGGAAGGGGUUCAGUUCAGUCUCAAGCUUCCAAAGCCAUCAGCGGGGCCAUACAGGAGAGAAGCCAUUUGUCUGCAAUGUCUGUGGGAAAGGCUUCAGUCGGAGCUCAUAUCUUCAGACUCAUCAGAGAGUGCACACAGGGGACAAGCCCUAUCAGUGCAACAGCUGUGGGAAAGCCUUUAGCCAGAAAUCCCAUCUCCUAGUCCAUCAGAUAAUUCACACUGGAGAGAAGCCGUUCAAGUGUGAGGAGUGUGGGAAGGAAUUCACCCAGAGCACAGGGCUUAGUAUUCACCAGAGGGUCCACACAGGAGAGAAACCCUACACGUGUCAGCAGUGUGGGAAGGGCUUCAGUCAGGCCUCACACUUCCAAAGACACCAGAGGGUCCACACCAGGGAGAAGCCCUAUAUCUGCAGCAUCUGCUGUAAGGGCUUCAGUCAGAGAUCGCAUCUCGUCUACCACCAGAGGGUCCACAGUGCAAGGGAUCGCUAGAUGUGUUCUGCCAUCAGAUGGACUCCAUGCUCCUCCUGAUGGUUAAAAUUGCCCCCAAACCCAGAGGACUCAGAGAUUAACCCUCAACUCAUUCU